AUGCCCAGCAGAAUUGAUGAAAUUAAUCAGACUCUUGGCAACCAAGCGGUGAGAGCACGGCUAGACACGCCAAUAGAUCCUGAAUCCACGAAAAGAAUCAAAAUAUCGAUAUGCGGCCAGGUCUUCGUCACGCAAGAAAAAACAGCGUCAACAGCGCGGGCACGCAACACCCGCCUCUACCGCAUGCUCACGGACAAAAGCCUGGCGGAUGGAUACGAUGAAGCGCAAGAUGUCUACUUUUUCGAUCGUCAUUUACCUUCAUUCCCGGCGAUUCUGUACUUUUAUCAGACUGGCUUCAUUUGGAGACCGCUAGAUGUGCCAAUGGAGGUCUUUGUCGAAGAAGUCAUCUUCUACGGACUCGCGGAUCGAAUUCUAGCGCCGCUAGGGGAUGAAGACAGAAACAAGCAAAUUCUAUUCUGUAUGGGCGGUAAAAGAACACUUUGUGUCCAAAGCCGCGAAGCGAUUUGGAAUUUGUUCGAAAAGCCCGAGACGAGUUUAUUAGCAAAAGUCAUAAACGUCCUGUCAAUAUUCUUCAUUCUGCUAUCGACAAUCAGCUUUUGCUUGGAAACGAUUCCGUUUUUUCAAGAAGGAAACUGCUACCCUGGAGUUGAUAAAAACGGAACUCCUGUACGCUAUCAGAUGAAAGACUACAACCCUGAAAGCAACACUUUUCCAUUUUGGGUGAUCGAGACAAUUUGCAUAACGUUCUUUACGAUCGAGUACGUUUUACGCUUCUGGUCGGCGCCUGAUAGAUGCCGAUUCGUUCCCGAGUUCAUGAAUCUUGUCGACCUAGCUGCCAUCGUUCCCUACUACAUCACCAUUAUCUUCGACGCAAGCAUCAAUAAGACCGUCCUUUGCAUGGAUGACAAGACAACGUCUUCAUCAAGCACUGACAACGGUAGUUUUCUCAUGAUCCUGCGAGUCAUUCGUCUGGCUAGAAUAGUCCGAAUAGCGAAAUUAUCCCGCCACUCCCGAAAUCUCUCCACUCUCAUAAAAACAAUGAAGACUUCGCUCCGUGAGCUUUCAUUCUUGAUGCUAUUCUUCAUUGUUUCGAUGGUUUUGUUCGCGACUUUUGUAUAUUUCUGCGAAGUUGCGGAUAAUCCGAAUAUGUUUCCUUCGAUUCCAGCGUCGUUUUGGUGGGCGAUUGUUACGAUGACGACAGUCGGUUAUGGUGACACGUAUCCAAUCACUGCACUUGGCAAAGUCGUUGGAUUUCUUUGUACGAUUUGUGGUGUCCUCUGUAUUGCCCUGCCCGUGCCUUCCAUAGUUUCAAAUUUCCACAGGCUAUACCAGGAGGAUCAAAUCAUGAAUCCACAUGGGAACCAUAAAUAUAAAAGUAAAGACGAAGAGGUUCGAUGCAAGUUAAGAAAGAAGUUCCUGGCAGAUGUAUGA